CCAACCCAGCCCCAGCCCCAGCCCCAGCCUCGUCUCGCCACUGAUCCACUCUACCCCUAGCUCGACUGCCGGAGGGAGGGAGGGUGGUGGAGCACGGCAGACGCACAGAUACAGAGGUGGUAUACAGAGCCACAGUAGAGAGAGAGAGAGAGAGUGAGAGGUCUGUACCCUCGCUUAAACACUCUCGCCGUCUCGCGUACCCGGCUCGACCAUCCCCCUUCCUCCUGCCUUCUUCUCCCUCACCGAGAACACCACCGCCGCGCGCCGCAGCCACCACGAUCGAUCGAUCGAUCUCUUCCUCCGUCUCGUGUGCGUGCUGGAGCGGCGGCUGGGGCGGGCGCCAUGAUCGCAUGAAGGAGGAGGAGGAGGAGUAGAUAGCUGGCCGUGUAACGGCGAGGGGGCGGAUCGAUGUACAAGAACCAGCUGCAGGAGCUGGCGCAGAGGAGCUGCUUCAGCCUGCCGUCGUACGUGUGCACGCGGGAGGGGCCCGACCAUGCGCCCCGCUUCAAGGCCACCGUCACCUUCAACGGCGAGACCUUCCACGGUCCCACCUGCUGCACCACGCUCCGCCAGGCCGAGCACGCCGCCGCCGAGGUCGCGCUCGCCCGCCUCUCCACCCGCGGGCCAUCCACCUACCUCACCGCCAGAGUCCUCGACGAGACCGGGGUGUACAAGAACCUGCUGCAGGAGACGGCGCACCGGGCGGGGCUGAAGCUGCCGGCCUACACCACCGUGCGCUCCGGCCCGGGCCACUCGCCGGUCUUCGCCUCCAGCGUGGAGCUCGCCGGCCUCAGCUUCGCCGGCGACGCCGCCAGGACCAAGAAGCAGGCGGAGAAGAACGCCGCCAUGACCGCCUGGUCCGCCCUCAAGCAGAUGCCGGAGGCGCGCAAGGAGCCCGGCAACGGCUGCGGCGGCGAGGAGCAGGAGCACGUGGUCGUCGCCAGGGUGCUCGCCGCCCUGAAGCAGCGCUGCGACGCCAAUGCGGCGUCGCCCUUACCGAAGCAGCACCCUUCUUCUUCCUCUGCACCGAACCCGUCGCUCUACAGACACCAAUGGCUGCCUCUGAGCUCCCAUGCCGCACACCCGAGGACGCGCCACGUGCAGCCGCAGCCACAGCCGGCGGGCCCCAGGAUACUGCCUCCGCUGCACAUGCUGCAGCGACCGGCGCCGUCGACCUCCCGUCGCGACGCCGAGCUGGAGCGGCAGAGGAGGAUCGACGCGGCCGAGCUGGUGCAGAUGCUGGAGAGGGCCAUGCUGACGAGCAGGGAAGAUGCAAUGCCGUCGGCGCCGUGCUACUUCCCGCACGCCCCGGCGUACCACCACGCCGGCGCGGCGCCAAGAUACUUCGCCGCGGGCGGGUUCCACUCGCCGGCGAUGGCGGUGAGCGUGCGGUCAGUGAUCCCGGUGUGCUCCGCGCCGCCUUCGCCGCCGCAGCCAGCGGCGGCCACCAAGGAGGAGGACGACGACGAUCAGAAGGGCCCAGCAGAGCGCCUGCAGCACUAGGCAAGAGAGGAGGGCGUGAGCUCGCGGCCACCAAGGUUUUGAAGAUCAAGAAGAGGCGGGGAGAUUCAGUAGCGCUACAUGAUCAGAUCAUCAGUCUGGUUCUACGUUCUAGAAUGGAAUUUGAUCGCGAGUUCCUCUGUCGAAAUUUGUGUAAGUGAUCGAUCACCUUCUGCUCCCCCAUCUCUCUCCGGAUGGUGAAAUCGCUAGGUGGUUUAGACGGAGAUGGACAUAUGAAUGGAUAUAGCUCUGCUAGGGCUUCAGUA